GAUGAUUAUGAACGUAACAUGCAAAAUCAAGAAAUUUAAUACAUGAUUACAAUGAAAUAAGUAUGCUUAAAUUUUGGAACCCAUUUGGGUUUUGCUUAUUACCUACCUGCCUGCGCGCAGCUGGGCUACCUGCGCUAUCGUUCUCGUAAUCUCUCCCAUUUCCGCCGAGUUCUCAAAUUUCAAGAGAGGAAGAGAGAGAAGCCCCUCUCCUUCUUCCUCUUCGAUUACCGGCGACAUCAUUCAAUUCUUCCCGGCAUCAAACAAACUCCAGAAUCAUGUUCUUCGUCUAAUCGUGAUCGUCAGAUCGGGCUACCGGUUUCAACCCCGCUAAUCGGAGUUCAUUCAAUCAGGGGUGCAUCUGGUUGUUGCUGUAAUUUGCUAGGAUGAAGAAGGUCUUUGAUCAAACUGUUAGAGACAUAAAGCGAGAGGUCAAUAAGACCGUGCUCAAAAUUCCUAAAAUAGAGCAGAAGGUUUUGGAUGCCACUAGCAAUGAGCCUUGGGGGCCUCAUGGAUCCCUUCUUGCAGAUAUAGCAGAGGCAACUAGAAAUCAUCAUGAAUAUCAAUUGAUCAUGGGAAUAAUCUGGAAGCGGAUUAAUGAUACGGGCAAGAAUUGGAGGCAUGUCUACAAGGGGUUGACUGUUUUGGAGUACUUGGUGGGUCAUGGGUCAGAGCGAGUCAUAGACGACAUCAGAGAACAUGCAUAUCAGAUAUCGGUACAUUAUUCGUACUCGAUUCACUAGGACUGCUAUUUCUAUUCUA